AUGCAGUGCACGCGACGGUUACUAGCCCCUCCUGGCUUCUGGAAGCGAAGUCUGCUGGAACUCUCGAGGCUGUCGAGCAUUGAGCUAUGCAAAGUUAUGUCGGACAAAGACAUGGGCGGCUUCUCAAAGGUCCAUUUCGAUUUCGUUCCGGCAGAUGCACAAGACCCACCACACAUUCGUUUCCACGGCACAAUUUCGAAUGAGCUUCCCGCCGACAGACCACAGAUCCAGAGGUCUGGAUAUGCUGCUUGGCGCACAAGAGACACGGGUCGCAAUCUGUUUGGCAAAGGCUUGUGGGAUCUCGACUCGUACAGCUACAUUGCCCUCAAAGUCAAGAGUGACGCUCGCAAAUAUUUCGUCAAUGUUCAGACAGAGUCCAUUGUGCCGACGGAUCUACAUCAACACCGUCUGUACGCUCAGAAGCCUGGUGACUGGGAGACGGUCAUUGUACCUAUCAGCGAGUUUGUCCGCACAAACCACGGCAUGGUCGUCGAGCCUCAAAGCGACAUGAUGCGCCAAAAGGUCAGAAGUAUCGGUAUAGGUUUGAUUGACCGUGUCCCUGGACCGUUCGACCUCUGCAUUGCCGAGAUCUAUGCCACCAACAAUUCGGGUGGCAAGGACUUUGACAAGAAGCUUCCAACAGACGACCAGGACCUGGCCAGCGAC